AUGGAACUACCCUCCGAGCAGAGGGCCGAGAAUGACUUUUGUGAAAAUGAAGGUUCCUUCCUGAGCACCAUUCAGAGGAUCAUAUUUCCCAUCACCUUCCUCUUUAUUCUCGUGGUUGGUUUUUCCCUGAACCUCUCUGUGAUGUGGAUCCUGGUGUCUCGAAUCAAGCGAUGGAACAGGAGCACCAUCUUCCUCUUCAACUUAGUCUUGGCCGACAUCACUUGGAUACUUUGCCUUCCGUUUCUUAUCUACUACCACUUUAACCAUCUGCACUGGAUAUUUGGAGAUGCCAUCUGCAAGCUGACCCGGACUGUCUACCAUACCUGCUAUUACUGUAGCAUCUAUUUUGUCACCUGCUUGAGCAUAGAUCGCUACUUGGCCAUAGUCCAUCCUCUCAAGUCCCUAAGACUCCUCAAGAAGCACCAAUCUCUGCUAGUCUGCUUGACCAUUUGGGCAGCCACUACUUUGAGUAGCGUACCCGUGAUCUUCAUAGCUGGAACCCAGGUUUGCAAAACCAAUAAAACCAUUUGCGGCAACUAUGUGUUUUCUCAAGAGACUCAUGUGACUCUUCCGUACUCCUUAUUCUCCACCACCAUAGGUUGCCUCCUGCCCUUUGCCUCCAUAUGUUAUUGCUACUGCAGCAGUGUGUGGGAGCUGAGGAGGAUUGAGAUGCACAGGUUGAAGAAGAGAGACCUCUUGACCAAGCUCAUGUGCUCUGCUCUGGUGACCUUUGCUCUUCUCUAUCUGCCCUAUCAUGCCUCCAGGAACUCCUGUAUCGUCUUAAGGAUUCUCAGGCCGCACGCCCCUCUGGUUAUUGAACGGGCAGAUGCCUUGUUCUUUAUAGAGAUGGCCGUGUGCAGUUUAAACACUUGCAUCAAUCCCUUGUUUUGUUUCCUCGCUGGGGGAGAUUUCCGAGAGCAAGUCUGCAAAAUUGCCCAUUCCAUGCCACCUUUCAAGAGGUGGAGGCUGGGGAACAGAAGAGCGGCUGUCUGCCCCAUGUAA